AUGCUGACCCUUACCCCCCAGGACGGAGCUGAUUGGGACUCGGCAUAUGCGCUGUCCAUGGCGCCGACAGAUACGACAUCCCUAAAGUCGUCCAUCAUGCACUACAAAUGGGAGCACGGGAGGAGGUAUCAUGCCUUCGGUGCCGGGCUGUAUUGGUAUGUCAAGGAAGGGUACCUUCUCUUCUGGGGCAGCCGGCCGACUAACCUGUCGCCUCGUAGCGUUCCCAACGAUGCCAAGCAGCAAGAGGCCGAGGAUCUCGUGUUAUACCUAGCACCGCUACCGGAAAAUCCGCAAAAGAUCCUCGAUCUAGGCUGCGGCACCGGCAUCUGGGUCAUCGACCUGGCCGACCAGCACCCCUCGGCCGAGGUCAUCGGCGUCGACAUCUCGCCCAUCCAGCCCUCGUACAUCCCGCCCAACUGCCGGUUCGAGAUCGACGACAUCAACCGCGACUGGACCUACCCGGAGGACGCCUUCGACCUCGUGCACGCGCGCGCCCUCGUCGGCUGCGUGCCCGACUGGGCCGAGCUCGACCGGCGCGUGCUGCGCCACCUGCGGCCCGGCGGCUGGCUCGAGCACGUCGAGCUGUCGGUGCACAUCCGCUGCGACGACAACAGCCUUCCCGCCGGGUCGUCUCUGGCGCAGUGGGGCGGGCUCAUGGCGCAGGUGUACCGCAAGAUCGGCAGGUCGGCCGAGGCGUGCGAGGUGGCGAUGCGGGCGGCCGAGGAGGCCGGGUUCGCGUGCGUGCGGGAGCACAGGGUGAAAGUGCCCAUCGGUAUGUGGCCCAAGCACACGGACCUGAAGCAGUGGGGCGCCUGGAACAGGGCGUUCAUGCUGCAGGGGCUGGAGGGGUUCGCGCUCAGGGGCCUGACGACGAUACUCGGGUGGUCGUAUGAGCAGGCGCAGAUGUACCUAAUGGGCGUGAGGAAUGACCUCAACGAUCCUAAUAUCCAUGCAUAUGUUGAGAUGUGUGUCGUUAAUGGGCAGAAGCCGUUUUAA